AUCAAGGAACGAAAACAAUGAUGGCCUUACGAAAUAAAGUUUUCACGUCUAUGUAGUUUUGUUAAUCUCUUUUCAACUGAGAUUGGCCACAUUCAACCUUCAAGGUCAUUACUGUUUACAGGUCAUGGAUUAUAACAACUGUCAGAAUUCUGAUUCAGAUUAUCUGUCAGAGGCUGCUUUAUUUUGUUCAGCGUGCAAAUCACGUGAGGUCUUCGGGAUACUUACGACGUGUUUGCAUCUGACCUGUCAAACAUGUUCUGAAUUGAUGCACAAAGAUGAUGUUUACCUAUGUACUGUAUGCAGUGAACGUAGCACUAAGGUAAUUAAUAACCCCAACCUGUGUAGGCCAGAAAAUGUCAACAAAUCGCCUACAUGCAAUUGGUGUCAUGAUAAUGGUGAACAAACGAAAUCCGUUGGACGUUGUGAGGAUUGUGGUAUAUGGUUGUGCGGAGAAUGUCUGAAGGGCCAUAACAGAAUGCCACCGCUGCGUAAUCACAAUAUUACAGUGCUUUCCAAGAGUGAACAUAUGGGUCAGUCAACCAAUAUACUAAUGUUUAAGUGGUCAGGAUUUUCGUUCUAUAACAUUUGUUUGUGACAUAUUUCAUAACAUGUACUAUGCGUUCAGGUAGCGUUCGCAGGUCAACAAACCAGUAUUGUUUGUGAUAGUUUUCCACCAGAGUGAGGACACAUGCUUUGGCUUUCAGCUUUCUGAGGACGAACGCACUUUAAACUAAUGGAGGGAUCUCAAGUUUGUGCCAUUACUUUGAGAUAAAAAAUAACUGUCUUAUGUUGUCUAUAUAUUUUUCGUCUUUGAUUGGACUGCUUUAAGACGCGAAAUGGGAUAUCAUUAAAUGCGACUCUAAAUUUUAUCCAGGUAGGAUUGUCAAUGGUCUUUUGCAUCUUACAUUCAAACACAUCCAGUUGUAAGACAUUCUCCUUGAAUAUGUAGGUUAUCUUACUUUCCCCUUCAACAAUACUCCUUAUUAUUUCUGUUUUUCCUGGAGUACCUGUUGUGGGCAGAAUAACGGUACUGCUUCUCUUCUCCGAUCUGGGAAAGUAAAGCGAGGUAAAAACCCUAGUUUACUGAUGGAAAGUCAACUGCCGAGUCGUAUAGAUUUUUAAAGUUCUGGCUGGUGUUCGAUCUUUACAAACGAAAAACAUAUAUGGUAUUAGAGUUUGAAGUCUUUGAAAUAUGAAGUAUGUAGCGUAUAAACAAACCGUAUGUGUUUUAGAGUUAUUGGAAAAAAAUAUUUAAUAAUUAUAAGCAUAUCACUAGGUCUUCAUGUAAUUUCAUCCUUUGCAUGUUCCAUUCUCGUUAAUUUGCUUCAUGUAUUUAGUGCAUGGGAUUUUAUUAAUUCUUGCUUGUCUCCAUCAAAGUACAUUUGCUUUUUCUAUAUAACAAUGCGUAAUUGUUUAACACUAUCUACUCAUUUAUAGGCUCACUUCGUUGUGAAGCACAUCCAAACGAAGCACUUGAAUGCUUUUGUGAAGCUUGUGGAAUGUUAACUUGUCGUGACUGUCAGUUGUCAGUUCACAGGGACCAUGGAAGCCAUCGAUGGGUUGGAGAAAAAGCAGUUCAGUUAAAGAUCCCUCUAGAGGAACGUGUCCAAGAACUUAAAAAGUCCGGUGAAAAGUUGUUUUCAAUUCUUGCACAUACUAACAGUGCUCGUAUAUGUACUCCAGAAGAUAGUUUUAUGUCGAGCGUAGAGAAAACCCGUCAAGAUAUUAAAUCACGAACAGCUUCCCUUAUUGAUUGCAUUCGAGUUCGAUCUGAGUGUCUUUUAAACGAGCUUGAUAAGAAGAUGGAUAUGUACGCUGGUCGACUACAGGAUACAGAGGCUUUAGUAACUAAACUCCAGGAACAAAUCAACUUUGUAUCAGCCUUUUCAAAUCAUCUCAUCAACAAUGUCGACAACGAUCCUGCUAGUUUGGUACAACUUUAUGAAAUUGUCAAACUAAGACUUGAUUUACUUCAAAUUAUCUCUGAACGAAUUUUGAAUGACUCAGCAUCUCUUAGCGAUUCAGUGGAUCAGAAGUUAAAGGAUCAAAUAAAGGAGUCAAGUUUAUGGACUGAUAAUGUAGUUGGCUGGCGUACUGUAGUUAACACUCGGGCAUUAUUCCUUGGUAACUGGGACGCUGAAGAAUUGUGCCGAUAUUCUGGAACAAUAGCUUGGUUACCCAAACAAACCGAUGUUAAUAUUCCUCAUAAGAAUAGCGAUCAAAUUGUUGAGAAUCAGGCAACUGUGAAAGUAGAAAACGGCUUGGCAAAAGCAGAUAAUAUGACAACAAACCAGUCUACAACAGAUACUAAUGACUUCCUGGACUCUUUAGCAGAAUUGGAUGGUGAUAAAUUGACAAGUAGAGAUAAUGGUGAAUCCUUGCUUGGAUCAGCGGGUUGUGCUAUCUGUUUCGGAGUUGGACUACUUGCUCAUUGUGGACAGUGUAAUCGGGCUUAUCAUUUGGACUGUCACUUACCUCGUAUAGAUAGUAUAUCCCUAACUAGUGAUUGGCUAUGUGUUUUGUGUGCUGAUGCUACUGAUGAAACUCCGUCGACUACUCAAUCAUUGAAGAAUGGAUUUUCUUGGGAUGAUUAUAUGACAGGAUGUCGAAUCCUAACAAGUUUACUUGUUCACUCUGACGCUGUUCAUUUUACUGCAUCAAUCUGUCCAUCCUGUUCCAUUUCAUUAAUAUCUCCUAGACGAUCUGUACCACAUUGUUCAGCAGGUCACUUGUAUCAUCGACUUGCAGAACUUCGUUUGUUUUUGGAGGAAACAGUAUCUUCAGUUUCUAAUGGUCAUUGUGAUCCAGCCUCCAGUCUUAACUCCUGCAGUGGUCAAUCACGUUAUACUUGUUUUAGUGACUGGCUUAUAGAAUUAGACAACUUUUUGUCAGAUGCUGCCAAAGAAACUGAGGUAGUAUACGGUUCUACUAAAGGCAGUUUACAAGCUGCUCGUCAACUUCGAUCUCAUUUAAAAUCACUUGUACAUGAAUAUAGACCAGAAUUUGAAGCUAUUCUAUAUCCAUUGGCAACUUCCAAUGAACCAGUGAAUGAUUACUCUGUUGAUGCACCUAUUUGUACACCGGAUUCUUUAAUAGCCUUAUCACCUGCUCCUCUAAAAAUUGAGGUAACAGACUAGUCCCAUUGAUGAUAAGCGUACACAGCCAUCAGCUUUUUUUCUUCUUUUGCAUAACCCGGUUACAUAAUAAUAUACAACUCCACUCUGUGGAUUUACUAUUUAGUUCAUAUUAUAUAAUUUACAUUAACUUCUUUUCUGGUUGUCUUAUUUGUGUACUAUUGAUGUAAUUAAUUGUGUUUUGUCUCAUAUAUAUAUAUACCCUUUUCUUUAUGGGAAGGUUGGUAGGUUUUAAAGUGACUUUUUGUACACACUGCAUACUUACUUGGUAUUGCUGGUUUUCUACAUAAUAAUUCCUUUUUUGUCAUUUUGUCUUUUUAAAUAAACAAUUUUUGUUUAUUUACUUAUUUUUAUUUACUUUUUUCUUUGCAAAUUUAUGGAAGUAUUUGCAUUUAUAUGUAACUGUUAUUAUACACUAAUGGAAUUUAAUAUCCAUCCUUCUAUUAUUUAAAAAAAAUGGCG